AUUUGCGAUUGGUUGAACAUACCAACCCGGAAGGGUGGAUGCUCCCGGCUGGGUGGCGGGAAGAUUUUAUUGCAGAGCUGGAGAGAGAGAGAGAAAUUUGGAUCUCCAAUUCAAAUUUAGAAUGGCAUCAAUUUCAGCACUAACCGAGGAAUUGGAUUCUGUAACCAAUGAGCUACAUGCAGUAGACAUGCAAAUUCAAGAACUCAUGGAAAGGCAACAAGAGCUCCUUCAGAAAAAAUCUGUCCUCACAAAGAAAAUAAAGCAGUGUUUAGAGGAUUCUGAUGCUGGGACAAGCAAUGAGUGUGAUUCUUCACCUGCUGCUUGGAAUAAAGAAGAUUUUCCAUGGUCUGGUAAAGUUAAGGAUAUUCUGCAAAAUGUCUUUAAACUGCAGAAGUUCAGACCACUUCAGCUUGAAACUAUUAAUGUAACAAUGGCUGGAAAGGAGGUAUUUCUUGUUAUGCCUACAGGAGGUGGAAAAAGUUUAUGCUACCAGUUACCAGCAUUAUGUUCAGAUGGAUUUACACUUGUGAUUUGCCCAUUGAUCUCUCUUAUGGAAGACCAACUAAUGGUUUUAAAACAAUUAGGAAUUUCAGCUACCAUGUUAAAUGCUUCUAGUUCUAAGGAGCAUGUGAAAUGGGUUCAUGCUGAAAUGGUAAAUAAAAACUCCAAGUUAAAGCUAAUUUAUGUGACUCCGGAGAAAAUUGCAAAAAGCAAAAUGUUUAUGUCAAGAUUAGAGAAAGCCUAUGAAGCAAGGAGAUUUACUCGAAUUGCUGUGGAUGAAGUUCACUGCUGUAGUCAGUGGGGACAUGAUUUCAGACCUGAUUAUAAGGCACUUGGCAUCUUGAAGCGGCAGUUUCCUAACACAUCACUAAUUGGGCUGACUGCAACUGCAACAAAUCAUGUUUUGAAAGAUGCUCAGAAAAUUUUGUGUGUUGAAAAGUGUUUUACUUUUACAGCUUCUUUUAAUCGUCCAAAUCUUUACUAUGAGGUUCGGCAAAAGCCCUCAAACACUGAAGAUUUUAUUGAGGAUAUUGUAAAGCUCAUUAAUGGGAGAUACAAAGGGCAGUCAGGAAUCAUAUAUUGUUUUUCUCAGAAAGACUCUGAACAAGUAACAGUUAGUUUGCAGAAUUUGGGAAUUCAUGCCGGUUCUUACCAUGCCAACAUGGAACCAGAAGAUAAGACCAAGGUUCAUACAAGAUGGUCAGCCAAUGAACUUCAGGUAGUAGUGGCAACAGUUGCAUUUGGAAUGGGAAUUGAUAAACCAGAUGUGAGGUUUGUUAUUCAUCAUUCAAUGAGCAAAUCCAUGGAGAAUUAUUACCAAGAGAGUGGACGUGCAGGUCGAGAUGACAUGAGAGCAGACUGCAUUUUGUAUUAUGGCUUUGGAGAUAUAUUCAGAAUAAGUUCGAUGGUGGUCAUGGAAAAUGUGGGACAACAGAAGCUUUAUGAGAUGGUGUCAUACUGCCAAAACAUAAGCAAAUGUCGCCGUGUAUUGAUAGCUCAGCAUUUCGAUGAAGUAUGGGAUUCAGAAGCAUGUAAUAGAAUGUGUGAUAACUGCUGUAAAGACAUUUCAUUUGAAAAGAAGAAUAUAACAGAGUACUGUAGAGAUCUAAUUAAGAUCCUGAAACAGGCAGAAGAACUGAAUGAAAAACUGACUCCACUGAAACUGAUUGAUUCUUGGAUGGGAAAGGGUGCAGCAAAACUGAGAGUAGCAGGUGUGGUUGCUCCCGUACAUCCUCGUGAAGACCUGGAGAAAAUCAUUGCACACCUUCUUCUACAGCAGUAUCUUAAAGAAGACUACAGUUUUACAGCUUAUGCUACCAUUUCAUACUUGAAAAUAGGACCUAAAGCUACUCUUCUGAACAGUGAAGCACAUGUUAUUACUAUGCAAGUAAAGAAGCACACACUCAGCCAUUUCAAGGUUGAGACAUCUGAAACUUACCAUUCUGAACAAGCUGAUAAAAAAGGGGAAGAAAAAAAUUCAGGUAACUUCCAGAAGUUCGCAAACAUGCGUCAACAGUCUAGUUCUAAGAAUACAGGGGCUAAGAAAAGAAAAAUUGAUGAUGCUUGAAAUGUCUACUACAAAUUUUCCAUGAAAAGAACUGUUUAUGCAUGUACACACUAUUAUUUUUAUAGUUAAUAGUUUAAUUUCAACAAUAAUUCAGUGAUACUAUGUAAUUUAUAUAAAGAGAGCUAUAUUUUUAGGGCUUAUCUCUGAAGACUUGAAAAUAUGAGACCUUUCAAUAAUUGGGAAUCACAAAUUAUAUAAUUUUACAAUAUAAAACAGGAAAUAUAAAUCAUUUUUAUGUAAAAUUUUACAAAUACAAAAUACUUUGACAAUAAAUUCAUCUGGCUCUCAUAUUCUCUUUAUGCCUUGGUAUACCUAAUUGUAUGUUCUUCUUUUGACUUAACUAUCUUUUUGAUAGCAAUAUUAAACUGACACAGGCUAUUAACUACAAGUGAGUGAUAUUUUAAGCUGAAUAAUGUAGAUGACUUCAGGUUAUAAAAGUAUCUGUAUAAUUCAAACAAAAAGAAUGAGGCAUCAAUACAAAUAAUAUUAGCAAAUAAGUUCAAGUUAUAUCUCUAUUUCAGGAAUAUAAAACUAUAAGCUUCCUUACACUACAUCCCUCCUUUGACAUUUUACAGUCAAAAAUGGAUCUAGUCUAUUAGGAUACAUUUUGGCUAAAUAGAGAACAACUUAGUUAAAUUUGCUCCAAAGCUAAAUCACAAAUAAAAUGUUUAAGUUCAAAACAUAAAAAUGUGUUAAGAUUUCUUACAUAAUAAGUGAUCAAUUUUGUGUUAAAAAAUAUAUCUGUAAAUAAAUUAUCUGAACUGAUUUCAUCCUUAGAAUUGUAUUUAAUACUUCUCCCACUAACAUCAUUAUCACUUCUAUAUUUUUAAGUUCAAUGUGGCCAUCAUUAGAUUACUGCAGUCAUUCAUUUUACUGAUUUCCAGUUUUCCUCAUUUGGACCUUUGUAUGGUUCUUGAAGAAAUUCCCAUUUUAGUCAAAAUAAUCUUCUAUAUCAAUAUUUGGAUCUAGAAGAUCUUCUCCAUAUGAUGAAAGAUCCAUUUGAUUUAGAAUUAGAUUUUCAAAUGUUUCCUCUAAAUCAGUUUCACCAAUUAAGACAGCUCCCAUCAUUCGCCCAUUUUGCAUGACGACUUUGAUGUAUUCUUGUCCUUUGGUACACCUCAGCAUUAAUUCAUGAUCUGAACCUAAGCCCUGUGCAUUGUAUUUUCCCAACAAUACAACCUGUAUAUGAGGAUAAAAAAUUUUCUUGUGAGUACCCAAGCAGGAAAUUUAAAAUUAUGCAGUUAUUCUGGGUCAAGCUAGGAUAGCAAGCAGAAAAACUAUUCAACAAAAUUUUAGUGCAAAAUGUCAUUGUGGUGGGUCCUAAAGAAAACAUUCUAAUGCCAUGCAUUUAUUCUACAUAUAACACUGCCACACAAUCUGCACUAAUAUUGAAAGUAUCAGUGAAUAUAGUAAUGUCUAGUAUUUUUAACAUUAAAAGUAUCUAGAGAAUAUAAAUGGAUGUACUUUACAAUCUACAUGAACAUUAAAAACAUCUAGUAAAUACAUAAUAUGUGAACUACAUUUGACUGGAGUCAUUGUUUAAAGAUUGAAAAAAGAACUGAGAGCUUUCAUGGACAAAUUAUUUCAUCUCUCUGAGCCUUGUGAAGGUAUUUUUUCCUAGGAAGGAAAAAACCUGCUUCAGAGUGAUGCAAAGAGAACUAAAAGACAUAGGAAAGCAACUGGUUCAUUAUUGAGUAUGCUAUACACUGCAAGAUGAAUCUCAAAACUUAGAAAUGUACAAUAGGGAACAAAUCUGGAGAGUUUUUUUUCCUUCUUAACUAUAAAACAGUAUAGUAGUAGGGUAAUAAUUAAGAUUAGGAAUUAAAAGCAGCCAAUUCCAGAUAUAACUGGCAAGAAAUGAGAAAGUGUCAUUUUUAUACAAUGAUUGAAACGAUGUAAAUUUCUGAGUAAGAAAAUGAGAUAUCAAUCAUAUUUUUGUACUAGAUUAACAGAAAAGGCACUGAUUUCCUUAAUCAUCUUACCUUAUAGUUAAAAAAUUUUGUUACAUGAGCAAACAGUUCAAAGCUGAAAUCCAUGUCAAUAGAGUCUCCCAAACUAGCUGCAGCCAUGCAUUUUGCAGCAUACCAUCCCAUCUGUCUGGCCUGGGUCCACAACCUCAUCUGAGACAAAGAAAAAAUGUCAUACAGCAUAAUUUUUUAUUAGCAUUUGUUGAAAAAUGUUAUCAUUUUAACCUUCUGUAUUCCUUUAAAGAGGGCACAGGGGCUGGGGAAAUAGCUCAGUUGGUAGAGCAUUCGCCUUGCAAGCACAAAGCCCUGGGUUCAAUCCCCAGCACCACAAAAAAAAAAAAGGGCAAUUUUUCAGAUCAGUUGGUUCUAGCUAUUAUCAUCUUUCUUACUGAAGCAGUUACUUUUGUACAC